CUUUGAGGGCCUGAAUGGAGCAAAAAGCUGGAGGAAGGCUGAAUUGAUUUUCUCUGUCUGUCUGAGCUGAGAUCUUGGCCUUCUCCUGGCUUUGGACUGGGACUUAUACCAGCGGCAGUCCUGGUUAUUAGGCCUUCAGACUCAGACUGGAAUUCAUGCCACCAGCUUUCAUGAGUCUCCCACUUGCAGACAGCAGAUCGUGCCACUUCUCGGCCCCCAUAAUCACAUGAGCCAGUUCUUUAUAAGUUCUAUUUGAAUUUAUAAGGCUGGGCUCCUAUUGGUUUUCUGGAGAACACUAAUACAAGCCCUGUCUCCUUGGUCUUUAGAUGGCCAUCUUCUCCCAUCUUCACAUCAUCUCCUUCUGUGCAUGUCUGUGUCCAAAUUUCCUCUUCUAAGGACAUCAGUCAUAUUGGAUUAGGACCCACCCUAAUGACCUUAUUUUAACUUAAUCACCUCUGUAAAGACCCUAUCUCUAAAUAAAGUCACGUUCUAAGGUCCUUGGGGUUAGGACUCCAACAAAUGAAUGUGCGGGGCGAGGGCACAUAAUUCAGCCCAUAACAGGGUUUGCGGAGCUAAUCGUGACUCAUCUCAAUACAGGCUGCAUUUAAAAGAGGAACUCAAGAGAACAGAUUUCAGAUGAUGGAACUCUGGAUUUCAAGUGCUGGGAUUCUAGUUUUCACAGCAGUCCCUAGGGGUGGCAAAGGCCCAUCCUACAGCUCUUAAUAAUGGCGCCUCAAAGGUAUCACACCCUCUGCCAAAGGGGCCUUAGCAACUGGUGGAAUGUGGGUUAUUAUGAGGACAGGGCAUUGUGAUGGUGGCCAGGCUGUGGAAUCUUGUGAGGCCAAAUGUUAAUGCCUCAAAAGAUGUCCUUUGGCCCCAACCGGCAGUAUUGUGGUUUUCUGGAUGGCAACAGAGGACAGGGAGAUGAUGGAAGGCCGGGGGGCAGGAGAAAGCUGCCCAACCUUCCCCAAGAUGGUGCCUGAUGACCCCAUGUCCGAAGGGAAGUCAAAGGUUUCUUUGGCCCAGGAGGCAGAGUCCCCCAAGCCAGACUCGUCCUACGACUACCAUGAGGAGAUGGAAACUUGUGAGGACAGAGGCUGCCCGGGGCCACCUAAGUCACUCUCCUCCAAGGCCGGCCCCGCCACCACCAAGGGCCAGGAGGGCGAUGGACCUGAACGCGCAGAGCCACCCCUGGCCCCAGCCGCAGCGGCGCCGGGGACCCCAGGGCCCCAGCGAAACGAUGAGAUGGAGCUGGAGAAGAUGCGCAUGGAGUUCGAGCUCGAGCGGCUCUGGUACCUGCAGGAGGAGAACGAGCGGCAGCGGCAGCACGAAGAGGUGAUGGAGCAGCUGCGGCAGCAGGCGACACCCCGCCUGUUCUCGGGAGGCCUCCAGGAUCUCCUGCUUCCCCAGAACCAAUUCGCCAUGUUCCUGUACUGCUUCAUCUUCAUACACAUAAUCUAUGUCACCAAGGAGAUGGUCUUCUUUCUCUUCUCCAAGCACUACCUGUUCUGCAUCGUGGCCAUGUUGCUCUGUUUGAUUAAAACUUUAUGGUCAUACUUCCAAGUGCCUUUGCUCUCUCCAACACUGGGCACCUCCUUCCCUCACCUAUGCCUCCCUCCCAUCAGAACUUGCUGUUAGGAAAUGUUUGCUGUCAACCAUUUACACCUUAGUGUGGAGAAACAUGUUGUUCAGGCCUUCUACUAAGCCUGAGUCCCCACUGUGGAUGAAGAUGCUUUAUUCCCCAAGAGGAGAAUUUCAGAAGGUAGCAGGCCAGGGAAGUAUCUGUAGGGAGAAGGGUUUAGAAAGCCUUUCCAGAAUCACAGAAAUCAUACCAUGACCAGGCUGACUUGGGAUCCACCACCUCUACUCAGAUAGAUCUUCCCUGAGGUGUGGGGAGCUGUGGUAGGCUUUUGAGGGUAGGCCCCCCAAAGACGUCCACAUCGCUGUGAACAUGUCAUCUUAUGUGGUAAAAGAGACUUUGAGAUUAAAUUAAGGGCCUUGAAAUGAAGAGAUGAUCCUGGACUACCCAGAGGAGCACAACGUAAUCAUAAGGGUCCUUAUAAGAGGGAGGCAGGAGGGUAAGAGGCAGAGAAGGAGAUGUGGCCAUGGGAGCAGAGGGGAGAGUGCUGCAGGACCACGAGCCAAGGAAUGCGGGCAGCCUAUAGAAGUUAGAAAAGGCAAGAAAACGGGUUCUUUCCUAGAGCCACCAGAGGAAUGCAGCCCUGCCAAACCCAUUUUGAACAUGUGACCUCCAGAACUGUAAGAGAAUAAAUCCGAGUUGUUUUAAGCCACUACAUUUGUAAUAAUUUAUUGCAGCAGCAACACUAACACAGGAAACUAAUACAGGAGCCAAGGUUCCCCAAGCUCUUUCCAGCUCUGCAGACAUGUCAAGAUGGCAUCACCAAGGCAUUGGCAAGGGUCCGUCUGGCCCUGGGCCCGAGCAGGACUGUACACAGUCCACCACGCAUGCUUGGAGCCUGCCCUCAGCAACAUGCAAUUCAAGAAGAGAGACGCUGAAGCUCCAGGAAACCCAGGACAGGCCCAUCAGGUAUCCUGAGCACUGAGCAGCACAUGCCUGGGUGAGGCGGGGGCAAAAUCUGGGCAUAGUCCUAGGGGCGCUGGUAAGGAGGCAUU